GUGAUUGCUGCGGCUCUGACACUAAGACCUAUGCUGUGGGGGGCUGGGCCUGGGCGUGGUGGCUCAUCUCGGACACCCAAAGGAUCACCCUGGAGAUCAUGACUCUGAAGCCUCGCUGUGAGGACGUGGAGACAGCAGAGGGGGUGGCCAUCACUGUCACAGGGGUAGCUCAGGUGAAGGUGAUGACGGAGCAGGACUUACUGGCUGUAGCCUGUGAGCAGUUCCUGGGUAAAUCCGUGAUUGAAAUCAAAGGUGUGGUUCUGCAGACUUUGGAGGGACACCUGCGCUCCAUUUUAGGUAUGGACAUUCAUUUAAUUUGAGAAUUUGUGUUUGUCACCUUAAUACCUGUGUAAAUAACUUGUGUUGGUCCUCAACUAA